AUGUUGACGACACAUCAUCUGCAUCAUUUGCAUCAUCAUCGCGGCAGCACGGCUAUCGAAUUGGACAAAAUAACCAAUUUAAAUACGCUCAUUGUGGAAAUCAACAGUCAUGUGGCUUUAUUUCGCGAUAUGCUGAUACAUGUGGGUCAGUCCAAGGACUGCCCGGAGCUGCGCGAAAAGAUACGCAAGCUGCGACGCACCUGUGUCGAGGCAUUCAAGCAUACCGCACAGAUACUUAUGCCGCAGGUCAAGAGCGCCCUGGCCGAUGGCAUACUUACGGACAACCCGCACUUGGUGCUGCUCUUCUAUAUGGCGCAGUUAUUUCUACGUGAACUCGUGAAAAGUUAUCGGCUCAUACAAGUGGUGCCCAUGGAUAUGUCCGGCUAUUAUGAGAAUCGUGCUGGACCCUCAAAUCUCGGAAAUGUUAUAAGCCAAAUACUGUUGUGCAAGCAAAUAACGCCUGAUUUCAAUGAGGAGGAAUUAUGCAGCAUUACAAAAGACUCGCAGGACAUUGCCAUGCUGCUAUCCGAGAUGCAGGAGUAUAUGCCACAGCAUGAAGCGUACUUGGAACGCAACGCCGCUUUGGAUACAAAUGGACCCUGGCAGGCAAAAAGACGCCAGAAUUAUAUAUGCAAGAACAUGAGCCUGCUCUGCUGUGUCUCCAGGCCCAACUAUCUUUGAGACACGCUCGACAAUGUUUAAUGUUCACACAUUACACACACACCCACACACAUACGUACACGGACACACAUUCACACACUACUUAUAUCAAUUACUAGCGUUUAAGUUAAGCCUAUAUGCAACUACCUAGACUCUAGUGUCGAGCAACUACAACCACAACUCAAUUAGCAUUGUAACAUAAUCAAAGGUCAAAGGUCUCGUAUUUACAUUUACAUAUUUUCAAUAUAUAUAUUGUAGAACUUUAGGUCUAAUGUGUAUAAUCAAAGUUAGUUAUGCUGCAUAAACAAUAUUAAAAUAAUUGCGUUUUAAGCUCAAAGUAAACUACAAGCUAUCAAAUUAUAGCUUAAAGCGCAAGCUGGAAUGCUAAUGACACAAAAUCAUACUUGAGUAUUUAAUUCAAAUUUAUGGCUGAGUUAAAAAUUUUAAUGUUUAUUUCUGUUUGCAAAUGGAUUUUGAAUAAAUAUUAGUUUCCUUGUCAUUUAUAAAAGCCAUAUUAUAUUUAUUUUAAAAUUUUCUGUAAAUUAGCGCAACUAUAUAGAGCCAACAAUUAUAACAAAGCAGGCGCUCGCAAUUAAGAAAUUUAAUAGCCAAUUGCUAAUUUUCGAGCGUGCACGUAAUUUUUAUGCUAAUCAAUACUAUACAUAUAUGUAUUUAUAUAUACACCCCUGAGUUAACAUUUAGAUUAGAGAAAGACAGUUGACAUUAGUAAACACUUGUUGGGAGCAAAAUGGCAAAAUGUUAGUCAUAGUCGCAUAUGAGAUACUAGGCAAGGUAAUUAAGUUAAAAGCCCCGGCCACUGAGUCAGGGGCAUGUGUUAGAAGUAAAAGCAAUAAAACAAAAUGUUGUUAACUCACACACACACACACACAAACAAACACACACGCACACUCAUUACAAAUGUGCUUUGGUUUCUUCUGUGUAUUUUUUAAAGAUAACAAUGUUGAACAGUGCGCAGUACCUAAAA